GAAGUGCUUCUCCAAUUUCAGCCAGGCAGGGAAACAAAAGAAGUAGAAAGAACAUCUGCAGAUUCUAUCAGCAAAGAAAAGAAGAAGAAAGAAGAAAGAAGAAAGAAGAAGCAUAUAGUAAGGAUUCGAUCAGCAAGCAAGGGGUGCAAGAACAUUAUAGCCGGCCGUAAAUUUACAACCGGGUGUCCGACCUAUAGGGGGCUUGAAGGGAAGAGGAUUAUGCGAUCAAAUGCCUAUGGCUGAGAAACAAUUAAUAAUUGCAGUUGAAGGCACCGCCGCCAUGGGCCCCUAUUGGAAUUCCAUUGUCACAGAUUACCUCGAAAAAAUCAUUAGGUGUUUUUGUGGAGCUGAGACAGUAGCACAGAAGCCAUACGGGGCUAAUGUGGAGUUCGGUUUGGUAAUGUUUAAUUCACAUGGCUCUUAUAGUGCUUGUUUGGUUCAACGAAGUGGCUGGACAAGAGAUGUUGAUCUUUUUUUCCAGUGGCUCUCCUUCAUACCCUUUGGUGGUGGGGGUUUUAAGGAUGCUGCAAUCGCUGAAGGGCUUUCUGAGGCUUUAAUGAUGCUUUCAUCUCCGAGUGGAAGCCAAAGUAAGCAGACUGUGGAAGGGCAAAAGCAUUGCAUUCUUGUUGCUGCAAGUAAUCCUUAUCCAUUGCCUACACCAGUUUAUAGACCACCGAUACAGAAUUGCGAGCCGAUUGAAAAUGAAACUCAGACUGAUGACCGCCGUCUAUCCGAUGCCGAGACAGUUGCAAAAUCAUUUGCUCAGUGUUCUGUUUCCCUGUCAGUUUUAUGUCCAAAGCAGGUCUUAAAACUCAAGACAAUCUAUGCUGCGGCAAAAAGUAAUCCACGAGGAGCGGACUUACCCAUUGACAAUCCGAAGAAUCCAUAUUACCUUGUUCUAAUUUCUGAGAACUUUAUGGAGGCUCGUGCUGCUUUCAAUCGCACCGGAAUGCCAAGUUUGCCUUCAAAUCAAAGCCCUGUUAAAAUGGACGUGUCUUCUGUUAUUCCCAUAUCUGGACCACCUGCUUCAGUUCCUUCAGCAAAUGGUCCCGUCACGAACCGGCAACCGAUUUCUACUGGAAACAUUCCCUCUGCUACUGUUAAAAUUGAGCCCACAACUGCAACCUCCAUGCCAGCGCCCACAUUUCCACAUGUUCCAUCAGUUGCUCGUGGUACCUCUCAACCUGUUCCAAACCUUCAAACUUCUUCACCUAUUUCUGUUCCCCAGGAAAACAAUGAAACUCUGCAGGAUACAAAGCCAAUGGUCGGCCAUGGAGUGUCACAGCCAGUACGUCCAUCUGGUGGCACUUCAGCUGCCAAUGUGAGAAUUUUGAAUGAUGUUGCCGUUGCCCAAGCACGUCAGGCUCUUUCUGGGGUUACUUCUCUUGCUGGGGGAACUCCUAUGCUCUCAAACGUGAUAUCCAGCGGGAUGGCAUCCUCCAUUUCUACAGCUCAAAUGGUUACGUCAUCAGGACCCACUGGACAAAGCUCUGCUCCUGCAUCAUUCGUUUCCACAUCAUCUGCCGUGUCAUCAGUUUCAAACCCAUCAACCAUGUCACAAUCAAUGAAUAAUAAUGCUCUCCCAAGCAGCAUGAGUAUGGGUCAAACAGUAGCUGUCAUGAACCAAGCAAGCAUGGCUGGCUCUCAAAUGGUGCAAACUGCAACAAGCAGGAGUCAGCAGAGUAUGACUGCUGUGCCUUCUGGUACUAUGUUGGUUUCUACUCCGGCAAUGAGUCAACAAGGGCAACAGGGGAUUCAGCAGCAAAUUGUGAAUAGUAGCAAUACAGCAGUGACUAUGUCUCUCCCCCCGCAGCAAGCAUCUAAUCAGAUGCAUUCAUCUAAUCCGAUGCAAUCGUCUAAUCAGAUGCAAACUUCUCAGUCAAAAUAUGUCAAAGUCUGGGAGGGAAACUUAUCUGGACAACGACAAGGACAACCUGUGUUCAUCACCAGACUAGAGGGGUAUAGGAGUGCAUCAGCAUCUGAAACGCUUGCUGCAAAUUGGCCUGAAACCAUGCAAAUAGUACGACUUAUUUCCCAGGAUCAUAUGAGCAACAAGCAAUAUGUUGGUAAAGCAGAUUUUUUAGUUUUUCGGGCCAUGAACCAGCAUGGUUUUCUUGGUCAAUUACAAGAAAAGAAGCUUUGUGCAGUCAUUCAAUUGCCCUCACAGACACUAUUGCUCUCUGUUUCUGACAAAGCUUGCCGCUUGAUCGGGAUGCUUUUUCCAGGGGAUAUGGUAGUAUUCAAACCCCAGAUUCCAAACCCACAACAGCAGCAGCAGCAGAUGCAACAGCAGCAGCAACAUCCUCAGCUUCAACAGUUGCAGCAGCAGCAGCAGACACUCUCACAUAUGCAACAACAACAACCGCAACUCAUGCAGCAACUGCAGCAACAGCAGAUGACACAAUUGCAACAAUCGCAACAGCAGCAACAAAUGCAGCAGCAGCAAAUGCAGCAGCAGCAAAUGCAGCAACAGCAUAUGCAGCAGCAACCUCCGCAAGGGUAUAUGCAAGGGGGGCGGUCACAGAUGAUGUCUCAGGGACAAUUAUCAUCACAAGGACUUCCAAACCUUCCCACAAGCGGGUUUAUGAAUUGAUCCGUUUAUGAAUUGAUCCUUCUCACCCUGCAAGAUAGGGUAUGUAUCUUCCAUCUGAUUAAAAAGCAACUACGUGAAAUUUCUGGGCAUUAUUAUCUUAUGUACUGGGCAAAUUUGAUCUGAGGCUAAAUUAUUGUGCAUUUCUUGGACUCUUGGAGUACAAUCAAGGCCAUUUUAGAAUAUAUGUUUAAUUUGCUUGAACAUUGUGUUUAAUUUUUGUGCAAUCUCAUUCAUUACACUACCAACAGGAAUACUAAUGGAAAUACUGUGUGCGCGUUUCU